UCUAAGGUUUUACUUAGGAUAAAGACUACUGCUUAAGAGCUCUUUUAGGCACCACAAAUGAUUUUUUCCUUCGAUGCAGUGCAGCUGCUUCUAGCCUGUCUACCGACAGAGAUCUUUGUUAUGACUUUCAGCCCUUAACAUGUUUGGAAAUGAGAACAAAUGGCACAAAGCUUACGAUUGCACUUUGCAGCCAGAAGAAGCAAUACUUAUCCUUUGUCAGAAACCUCCGGAGAUGAUUUGGAUAGCAAUGUUCACAUGUGCUUCAAAAGACCAACACGGAUUUCAACGUCUAACGUUGUUCAAAUGAAGCUGACUCCUAGACAGACUGCACUAGCUCCGUUGAUACAGGAAAACGUUAACUCUCAGGAAAGAUCAUCUGUUCCUUCACCUGAAAAUGUUAAUAAAAAGAGCAGCUGUCUGCAGAUUUCACUACAACCAACAAGGUACAGUGGAUGUCUUCAAUCUGGCAAUGUCUUAGCUGAUGGUGAUGAUGCUUCAUUUACAUCUGUCUUUAAGGAUGGCAUUUACAACAAUGCUGUGGCUGAUAAUGAGCUGAAUGCUGUGAAUGAUGGUAACCUUGUAAGCAGUUCGGCCAUUCACAGUGGGAGCCUCAGUAACUUUUCCACCAGUGAGAAUGGGUCUUACAGCAGCAAUGGUAGUGAUUAUGGAUCAUGCACAAGUAUCACAAGUGGUGGUUCCUACACAAACAGUAUCAUCAGUGACAGCAGUGGUUAUGCUUUUCCACCAACUGAUGAUACUUUUUUUGGUGGAAAUUUAUCUUCUGACAGCACCUCCAAUAGAAGUGUGCCAAACAGGAAUACUACUCCAUGUGACAUUCUUUCUAGAAGUCCAAGUACCGUUCCUUUUGUCCAGGAUGACUUGGAGCAUGGACUAGAAAUUAUGAAAUUGCCAGUGACCAGGAACUCGAAAAUUCCACUAAAACGUUGUUCAUCCUUAGUCAUUUUUCCUAGGAGUCCUUUAAAUACCCCACCGACUUCUCCAACAAGUACAGACGUUCUUCCAAGCAAAGGAUCCUAUCAAACCUCACACCAAUUUAUUAUUUCUCCUAGUGAAAUUGCCCACAGUGAAGAUGGUAGUAGCACUAAGGGAUUUCUUUCAACAGCUGUCAAUGGACUUCGGUUAUCUAAAACAAUCUGUACUCCCGGAGAAGUGAGAGACAUACGACCACUUCACAGGAAGGGUUCAUUACAAAAGAAAAUUGUUACUGCGAAUGAUAGUCUGAAUCAGACCGUCCGUGAAAAGUCGUCUGAAGGGUAUUCUUGUGUUUCAGUGCAUUUCACCCAACAAAAAGCAACUACAUUAGAUUGUGAAACAGCAAGUGGUGAUUGCAAACCAGAGAUGUCAGAAAUCAAGCUUAAUUCUCAUUCAGAGUGCAUUAAGCUUAUGCAGAGGACAUCUGCAUGUUUACCAUCCUCUCCACACCUAGAUUACCAAAUAAAUAUCAAUGGACAGUUGGAAAGACCAAAUUUACAGAUAAACAAAAACCAUGCUAUUUUACAGAGAAGUGUUUCAUUGGGAGGAACUUACCCAAAUGUUUCCUGUUUAUCCAGCCUCAAGCACAAUUGUUCUAAGGGGGGACCAUCACAAUUACUCAUAAAAUUUGCACCUGGAAAUGAAGAUAAAGUUGAUAACUUAUCAAGAGACAGUAACAGAGAUUUCACAAAUGAACUAUCUAAUUCUUUAAAGCAUUCUUGUAAGACAAGAGAUGAUUUCCUAGGUCAAGUGGAUGUUCCUCUUUAUCCAUUACCGACAGAAAAUCCAAGAAUGGAGAGACCAUAUACGUUUAAGGAUUUUGUUCUUCACCCAAGAAGUCACAAAUCAAGAGUUAAAGGUUAUCUGAGAUUAAAAAUGACUUAUUUACCUAAAACCAGUGGCUCAGAAGAAGAUAACACAGAACAGGCCGAGGAACUAGAGCCUGGCUGGGUUGUUUUGGACCAACCGGAUGCUGCCUGCCAUUUGCAGCAGCAGCAAGAACCUUCUCCUCUACCUCCAGGAUGGGAAGAGAGGCAGGAUAUUCUUGGAAGGACCUACUAUGUAAACCAUGAAUCUAGAAGAACACAGUGGAAAAGACCAACCGCUCAGGACAACCUAACUGAUGCUGAGAAUGGUAACAUGCAACUGCAAGCACAGCGUGCAUUUACUACCAGACGGCAGAUAUCUGAGGAAACAGAAAGUGUGGAUAAUCGAGAAUCUUCCGAGAGCUGGGAAAUUAUAAGAGAAGAUGAAGCCACCAUGUAUAGCAAUCAGGCCUUCCCAUCACCUCCAGCAUCAAAUAACUUGGAUGUUCAGACUCAUAUUGCAGAAGAAUUGAAUGCCAGACUCACAAUUUGUAGAAACUCAGCCACCAGCCAGCCAGUAUCCAGCUCAAAUCAUUCCAGCAGAAGAGGCAGCUUACAAGCCUAUACUUUUGAGGAACAGCCUACACUUCCUGUGCUUUUGCCUACUUCAUCUGGAUUACCACCAGGUUGGGAGGAAAAACAAGAUGAAAGAGGAAGAUCAUAUUAUGUAGAUCACAAUUCCAGAACUACUACCUGGACAAAGCCCGUUGUACAGGCCACGGUGGAGACCAGUCAGCUGCAGCCAAGCCAGAGUGCGGCAUGUCCUCAACCACAGGUCCCCGUGAGUGAGUCAGCGCAGCAGGGGACACAGGCGGCUGAAAUGGAGCAAGGAUUCCUCCCUAAAGGCUGGGAAGUCCGGCAUGCGCCAAAUGGGAGGCCUUUCUUUAUUGACCACAACACCAAAACCACUACCUGGGAAGAUCCAAGACUGAAAAUUCCAGCUCAUCUAAGAGGAAAGAUGUCACUGGAUUCUUCCAAUGAUCUGGGGCCUUUACCUCCAGGAUGGGAAGAAAGAACUCAUACAGAUGGAAGAAUCUUCUACAUAAAUCACAAUAUAAAAAGAACACAAUGGGAAGAUCCUCGGUUGCAAAAUGUAGCAAUAACUGGACCAGCAGUGCCCUACUCCAGGGAUUACAAAAGAAAGUAUGAGUUCUUCCGACGAAAGUUGAAGAAGCAGAACGACAUUCCAAACAAAUUUGAAAUGAAACUUCGCCGUGCAACUGUCCUUGAGGACUCUUACAGGAGGAUUAUGGGUGUCAAGAGAGCGGAUUUCCUCAAGGCUCGACUGUGGAUUGAGUUCGAUGGUGAAAAGGGAUUAGAUUACGGAGGAGUCGCUAGAGAAUGGUUUUUCCUGAUCUCAAAGGAAAUGUUUAACCCUUAUUAUGGGUUGUUUGAAUAUUCUGCUACGGAUAAUUACACCCUACAGAUAAAUCCAAACUCUGGAUUGUGUAACGAGGAUCACCUCUCUUACUUCAAGUUUAUUGGCCGAGUAGCUGGAAUGGCAGUUUAUCAUGGCAAACUGUUGGAUGGUUUCUUCAUCCGCCCAUUUUACAAGAUGAUGCUACACAAACCAAUAACACUUCAUGAUAUGGAAUCGGUGGAUGGUGAAUAUUACAAUUCACUAAGAUGGAUUCUUGAAAAUGAUCCAACAGAAUUGGACCUCAGGUUUGUCAUAGAUGAAGAACUUUUUGGACAGACACAUCAACAUGAAUUGAAAAUUGGUGGAUCAGAAAUAGUUGUCACCAAUAAGAACAAAAAGGAAUAUAUUUAUCUUGUAAUACAGUGGCGAUUUGUAAACCGAAUCCAGAAGCAAAUGGCUGCUUUUAAAGAGGGAUUUUUUGAACUAAUACCACAGGAUCUUAUCAAAAUUUUCGAUGAAAAUGAACUAGAGCUUCUUAUGUGUGGAUUGGGAGAUGUCGAUGUGAAUGACUGGAGAGAACACACAAAAUAUAAGAAUGGCUACAGUGUGAAUCAUCAAGUCAUACAGUGGUUCUGGAAGGCUGUUCUAAUGAUGGAUUCAGAAAAAAGAAUAAGAUUACUUCAGUUUGUCACUGGCACAUCUCGAGUGCCUAUGAAUGGAUUUGCUGAACUCUAUGGCUCAAAUGGACCACAGUCAUUUACAGUUGAACAGUGGGGUACCCCGGAAAAGCUGCCAAGAGCCCAUACAUGCUUUAAUCGCUUGGACUUGCCACCCUAUGAAUCAUUUGAAGAAUUAUGGGAUAAACUGCAGAUGGCAAUUGAGAACACUCAAGGCUUUGAUGGCGUUGAUUAGAUUCCAUGUAACAACCUAGAGUGUUUCACUGCCACUUUUGUCUAAGCAAAAUCUUGACUUAAAAUUUUCCAGGGAACUACUACAACUUGGCCUUUGUUUCUUCCCAGAUAGUGGAGACAAACCCGAUAAAAGUAUUAGAAGCAGUAUGACAACCUUACUGUUAUUUCAUUCACUUUUAAAUAAUACGUUGCAUUCACACAGAUGUUUCUAUCUUUAGAGUUCCCACUCUAGGAUUUAAGUCCCUUGUGCCUGAAAUAGUUUUGUCCUUAACAUUUACCUCUUUUACAGUAUUUGCCAGGCAGUUCUUUCUUAAACUACUGAAAUUAUAACUGUGAAAUAUUUGUGAUAAAUGUCUUGUGUGAAAAGUUGGAUGCUUUUUGAGAAGGAAAACUGAAAUUUGGAAAAGAAUACCUUAAUAUUGAUUAAACUACAAUGUAUUUCAUGCUGCCUACAGCUAUUUAUUGUUUUGUAGACCUGCCUCUUGCACCUUACUGCCCAGAUUUUUGGAAAAACCUUGGAAAAUGUAUUACCUUUCUUUUUCGUCCACUGACUCCCUUGCAAAAAAAAAAUUGUUUACUUCUUAAUUUUAAAAGUAUUUGGCUUUUGUUAAUAUGUAGCAUUACUGAACAAGGUGGUUUGUAAGAUGUGUGAAGCGAAUUAAGAUUCGCAGUGUGAAGAGUAUUAACACCUUUGCCUUUGCCUGUAUAUCUUUAUGGUUCACUGGCAUAAUCAUUACUCCUCCGUGUUUAAAGCAAAAGAAUUCCUUCUUCAGACACUACACUAAAGCUUCACAGAGCAGUAUUUCUAAAUAUGCCUUGAAGAACUAAGUUAAAUGUAUAGUACCUGCUUUUACUAGUCAUUCUUUAUACUUGCACAAUUAUGUAGUAAAUAUAUGUUUACAGAGUUUAUUAUGUUUACAGAUUAAGCUAAUUUCUGUAGUUGCAUUUUUAUAUUUUUAGUAUCUCUCUUUAGUCAAAAAACCAAAUAAUUUGUUAAGCAUAACCAAAGAACAGUUGUAAUGAGUAAUUUGUAUUAAGCCUAUUACCCACAUUUCUUAUGCUUUUUUAAAAUACUGUUUACUAUGAAAAUGAUGUUUUACUAUAAAUCCAAAAUUCUUUGGGAAAAAUGCAACAAGUAGAAUCCUACUUUAACCAAAUUGAAGUAUGUAGAAAUCAUGUGCAUGCAUUCAACAAAUGUGUACUGAAUGCCUGCUGUGUGCCUAGCCCUGUGCAAGGCCCUGGGGGUGAGAGCUGUCAGCUUCAAAGAAAUCUAGCUCAGUCCUCACCUCAAGGAAGUUACAGAUAUGUAAAUGAGUUUGUAAACAGUCAAAAGUAGCAGUGAGCAGAAGGAGGCAAAAGGGAAUGUGUUCUGUACACCUGUGAAGAUGAAGUGUGCCAAGACUUGUAUUUAUAUGUUUCAUACAUAUAUUAGAAUGAUUACAAGAAAACGCUCUUGCAAAAAGUUAAACCUGUUUCUAAUAUGGCAUCUUGGUGAUUGAGGAGUAAUUGUAAAUAUAUGUUAUAAAUCUUCUUAAAUACAUAUGUAUACUCAGAGAGUUGUAAUUUUAGUAUAUGUGCUGCUGAAGCAAGCACUCGGAGAGUUGUAAAAAGUGCUUCUGAUUACUGGUUUAAGUUUGUGGGGUAUGACACUAUGGGUACUUAUCGCACUGGUAAGGAUCUCCAGUGUGACAAAGUAGCAAAACUGCUUUCCACACACCACCUCUGCAGCACGGCUUGGGGAAGGUCAUUCACAGAUUGGUGCACUCUGUGUUUUAUUUUCACCUGUGUUAACUAGCAUUCAGGCAAGACCACCGGAUAGAGUACUAGUUUUAUCACUUACCAACUGUUUAAACUGAAGCAACUUACUUAACCUCUCUGGGCUCCUGUUCUUUCAUCAGUCAAAGAACAAUCAUACCCACUCUCAUUGUCAGGGAAGAUUGUUGUAAGUUUCAGAGAGCUGCUUUGUGCUUUGUGUUGACCAGAAGAUGCUUUGUGCUUUGUGUUGACCAUCAGAUUUUAUCAAAUCAGGUAUGCACACUAGCUACACUCCCAAAGAAGAAUCUCUUCCUUUAAAAAUAAAAUAUCUGCUAACAAAGAAGUAGGAACAUCUCUGAUGUUGACUAUAUAUGUAUGUGUGUGUUUAUAUAUGCCAUCAGAAUUCAUUUUCUCCACAUCAGCAAAGUAAUAUUAAUAUGGGCCAAUGCAUUUUGAAAUGUCCUCAUUGUAGAGAACUUAAUGUGAAAACUAUUUUUGUUCACACAGGAUUUUGCCAUAUAAUUGUUUAUCAUUUCUGUGAAAUAUAGCAGAUCAGAGUUUGAGAAAAUAUAAAACUUGCUUUUCAUCUGACUGAUACUCACUUGGAUGGUUCUGUGACUCAUAUAAAACAAGAUAUUAAUGAAACCAGACACUGCCACCAGCUCCCAGCAACAGACCAUCAUCCCCUUCAUCUCCAGUUGUGGCUGAUGGUCUGCAGGGUACCUGUAUCAAGCCACACAGCCUCUCAUCCCAGGUAGAAAAGUGUCCCAAAUGCACUCUACAGGUAGAGAGUGAAUUGGGUCAUCUUCAUAAAGCAAGGAUGUUCUAUUUUUCUAGAAAUUAUAAGCACUUAAUUUUAACCUAUAUUUUCUCUGUAAUCAAGCAAACUUUAACAUAGACAUAAAAUUGGAAAACAAACACAUUUCACCCUAACUCAAAUUUAAAUGGAAUGUUUUCAUUUUUUUAUUUAUAAUGCUGAAAUGAUCCUACAGAAUUACCAAGUUUAACACAAUUUGUUUUGAUUAUAAGCCAUUUGACAUUGUUUUAAAAAAUCUUCUUGUAUGGUAAAUAUAUAUCAAGAUUAAUGUAUCAAAUUUAUUGCAUACUUUAAAGUAUAAAAUAAUGUUU